GGUAUAGGCCUAUCUAUAUUACUCUGGUCCACACAAGUGCUUCCUACAUUUCUAUAUUCACACAACCCACAAAAAAAGGAUCUGAGCUUCGAGAAGGUUCUGUUGAUACAGGAUGGUCGCGACGGUACAUUGGCGAUGGGCGAAGACCCAUUGCUCGAUGUACGGUCUGGUUCUGGGGUCACUUAUAUUGCUUGUGCUGGCUCAGGAGCCCGAUGGAAAUGAAGGUCCAAGCGAAGCCACAACGAAUGUGGAAGGCGAUGAUGAAGAAGGAACCCCAUCCUGGCACGACGCACGAACAGGUUGGACAGCUGCACUGGCCUUCUGCCGAGUACACGCAGUACAAGGGGCGUACCAACAACACCGGGGAACUAACCGCACCAACCAAAACCCUGGGUUUCUUCGUCAAUAUUACCCAUAGUCUCUUCCAGCUGGUGUUAACCGACGAUCCGCCACUGCCAGAGAAAUACAUUGUGUUGAUGGCCGAUGACUUGGUGGCUCUGGGCCCCAAGGUGAACGAUAACGAUUGGUCAGAUCUGCUGGCUCGCUACUGGUUGCUGCUUUUCUUUGUGAUAUUCCUCUUGGCCGGCAUCAUUCUCAUGCCGUGUAUUGGUGUAUGCUAUUGCUGCCUCUGCUGCUGUCGACGGUGCAAGCAGGGAUGUCCGGCAUGCACUGUCGCAAGGGACUUCAAGCGGCGCAUCUGUUGCGGCAUAUGCCUAGCGAUACUUAUCUUGGGCCUAUGCCUUGGCGCCUAUAUUGCGAUUGCGUCGAACAAGUUUUUGGAGCAGGGAUUUGAUGAUACCGCAAUGACAAUGCGGAGCGGCAGCGAGGACACCUGCGUCUUUUUGAAGGAUGUGGCUGAUCACAUCAAGCAUCUUUUUUUUUAAAAA